AUGCGUUCUUUUUUCAUCCUCUUCGACCUCGAUGGCGAUGGCAUCAUCUAUAGAUCAGACUUCGUUGACACCAUUUUAGACAGAGCCAAAAAAUGGAUGAGCGAAGAACAGAUCAGGGUCUUUUCUGAUCUCCUAAAUGAAGGAUGGGAUACGUUCAUGAAAAGCGAAACACCGAAGGACACCCGGACAUUCGAAGAUAUUCUGCAUGCGCAUGCGCGGUAUUUCAUGGAUUUUGACGCCAACAUGGAAAAGCAUGCCCGCGAUUGGUUUGGGACUUAUUUUGAUGGCGUUGCAGACGCAAAUGGAGACGGAUAUGUCACCCUUAAGGAGUUUACCCAUUUUUUAGCCAGUUUUGGCGUUCAUCCUUUUUCCGUGACUCCGUCUUUCCAGGCCAUUGAUGUUGACGGCAAUGGGCUUAUCUCCCAAGAGGAAUUCAUUUUAACUGGUACCCAGUUUUUUGGCGUCAUGGUGGACACUUCUGCCAAAUUAUUCUGGGGACCUUUCACAGCUUGA